CUUUUUCGGUUUUGUUUGUCUUUUCAUUGUGCGUUCUAGACAACAAAGGGAGAGAAGAACACAAAACCUCACUGGUUAAGCCCAACGCUGUUAAAAGAUGACGAUCGCGUCGUCUCCAUCUCCUCAUGAUGAUGCUACUGUUUCUUCCAUCAUCCAUACUCAGCAUCAUCAUCAUCCUCCCCAUCACCCUCAACAAUUAAGACAACGCCACCAGCAACUGCAACAGCAGCAAUCGACCUCAUCUCCAUUCACUGCACCGCCAGCAAACUAUCCUGCCAGGCACGAUGACAAUCUACUGUCCUCUGCUUUCCAAAUCCCUUGGUCUCCUACGAUGAUGAGCCCAAAUGAAUCAUCGUUCUUGUCAACAACUUCGUCUUCCGAUCCAAAAACUACCAAUGAUCAAGCCCGCCCGCAAAAGGUAAUGGCGCCGGCUGAAUCUUUGUCGACUAAGUCUUCGAUACUCCAGCAAGAGUUCUCACGCCAGCCGCACGUCCUUCUAUCUCAGCGUGAAACUGUACAACGGCACAAUAGUUCUCCUUCUCAUUCGCAACACCAGCAACAGCAACAACAACAACAGCAACAGCAGCAACACACAGAAAUGCUGAAUAUGCUACCGUUAUCCUCAAAUGCUUCUGAUGUGGGGAGUCGUAGCAGUACGAUUAAUGAUCGGCGGCAGCAGCAUCGACAGGAUUACAAUAAUAUCGACGUUAUGAAUUAUCCUAAUUCCUCUUCUGUUGCCUCAUGGGAACAGCAGCAGCAGCAGGCUACUCCUCCUCCUCUUCCAAAUACUACUACUUCUACUUCCACUCACACUUCAUCUAUUAAUACAAACAACGACACUCAUUACCGUUAUGAUCAAACCAAUCACCAAAACAGCAAAGCGCCAAUGGAGCAGCAGUCAUCGCAGCACAACAAUAAUGAAUCGUCAAAUCAUAUCACACCUAAUUCAUCCAUGUUUGCCAGUUUCGGAAAUGGCGGACAACCAUAUAGCAGUCAAAUGGAAACGUCUGCCACAACAACAGCUGCGCCUUGGGCAACAGCGACAACCUUGUGGUCCGGUGGUGGCACAACUGACUCUCCUUAUUCUUCUUCUUCCUCUUCACAUCAAACACUGCCACCAUCACAGCAGCAGCAGGUUCGUCAUUACUACCCACUUAUCCAACAAGAGCAAUACCUAUAUUAG